AUGGCGUCACUGAUACAACACCUACUACCUAUCAGAACUGUCCCAGCUCGCAUACAAUCUCUCACCCUUUCUCCCCAGCUACGUCUUUCUCUUCCACACAUCCCUUCCUCUUCCUUUUCCUCUCUUCCUCACCCCUACGAAGAACCUUCUUCCCAUGUGGAAGACGCGUUUUUGGUUGAUAAGGUUCUCUUGACCUUGAAGCAAGGCAGUCUCGCUUCAUUGCGCAACCUCCUUCUUCGUUCCAACGACCCUUCAUCGCUCGUCCUUCAAGUCCUUCAUCGAUGUCGUCAAUACGACCCCGUUUUGGGUCACAACUUCGUUCGCGCGGUGGCUUCCUCAAAUUGUCCCAAUCUCAACCACUCAUUUCCCGCGAUGGUUCACGUUCUUGUUCGCGCCAGGAACCUUCCAGAAGCUCAGGCUCUGCUCCUCAGAAUGAUCAGAAAGAGUGGCGCUUCGCGUGUUGAAGUGGUCGAUUCUUUGGUUUCUUCUUCCGCCACGCACGGCGAUUGUGCCUCCAAUGUGAGUGUUUUCGAUUUGUUGAUAAGGACUUACGUUCAGGCUAGGAAAUUGAGAGAAGGGUCUGAGGCGUUUUUCUUGUUGAGGAGCAAAGGUUUUUGUGUUUCCAUAAAUGCUUGUAACGCUCUCCUUGGUUCACUUGUGAAGGUUGGGUGGGUGGAUUUGGCAUGGAGUGUGUAUGAUAAUGUUGUGAAUAGUGGGACAUUGGUGAAUGUGUAUACUCUGAAUAUCAUGGUUAAUGCUUUGUGUAAAGAUGGAAGAAUGGAUCAGGUUAAGGGUUUCUUGUCUAGCUUGGAGGAUAAGGGGAUUUUUCCUGAUACUGUGACAUAUAAUACUCUGAUUAAUGCGCAUUGUCGAUUGGGGCUUGUGUUAGAAGCCUUUGAAUUGAUGAACUCAAUGAUGGGUCAGGGGUUGAAACCUGGCCUUUUUACUUAUAAUGCUAUGAUCAAUGGUUUGUGCAAGAAGGGGAGCUAUGAGAGAGCAAAGGGUGUUUUGGAUGAGAUGUUGGGGAUUGGAUUGAGUCCUGAUGCUGCUACUUUUAACCCGCUGUUGGUGGAGAGUUGUAGAAAGGAUGAUAUUUGUGAGGCGGAAAGGAUUUUUAAUGAAAUGUUGCGCCGAGGAGUUGUUCCCGAUUUAAUUAGCUUUAGCUCAAUCAUAGGUGUCUUCUCCAGGAAUGGGUACCUUGACCGGGCCUUGGAGUAUUUUAAGAAUAUGAAAGGUGCUGGGUUGGUUCCUGAUACUGUCAUUUAUACUAUUCUUAUAAAUGGGUAUUGCAGGAAUGGCAACAUGUCUGGGGCUUUGAACAUGCGGAAUGAAAUGGUAGAGCAGGGUUGUGUUAUGGAUGUGGUUACAUACAAUACUCUAUUGAAUGGAUUGUGCAGGGGAAAAUUGCUCGUUGAUGCUGAUCAGCUAUUUAAGGAGAUGGUGGAAAGGGGAGUUUUUCCUGAUUUCUACACUCUCACCACUCUCAUUCAUGGUUAUUGUAAGGAUGGAAACAUGACUAAAGCACUUAGUUUGUUCGAGACUAUGACUCAAAGGAGCCUCAAGCCUGAUGUUGUGACAUAUAAUACAUUGAUUGAUGGCUUCUGCAAAAUUGGUGAAAUGGAGAAAGCUAAGGAGUUGUGGUGUGAUAUGAUAAGCAGGGAAAUAUUGCCCAACUACAUAUCAUUUAGCAUUUUAAUAAAUGGAUUUUGCAGUUUAGGUCUUGUGUCUGAAGCAUUCAGGUUGUGGGAUGAAAUGGUAGAGAAAGGAAUUAAGCCCACCCUGGUUACUUGCAACACCAUUAUAAAGGGAUAUUUGCGGGCUGGCAAAUUGUUAAAGGCAAAUAACUUCUUGAACAAGAUGAUUUUAGAAGGAGUUUCUCCUGAUUGCAUUACAUAUAAUACUCUUAUAAAUGGUUUUGUUAAGGAAGAGAACUUGGACAGAGCUUUUGUCUUGAUAAAUAACAUGGAAGAACAUGGGCUACUGCCCGAUGUUUUCACAUACAAUGCAAUUCUUAGUGGAUAUUGUAGGCAAGGUAGAAUGCAAGAGGCUGAGAUGGUAUUACGUAAGAUGAUUGACAAAGGCAUCAAUCCUGAUAGAUCCACAUACACAUCAUUGAUAAAUGGGCAUGUCUCUCAAGACAACCUGAAAGAGGCAUUCCGUUUCCAUGAUGAAAUGCUGCAAAGGGGAUUUGUGCCAGAUGACAAAUUCUAAGAACUUUACUGUUUCAUCCUUUCUAGUUAUGGCUGUAAAGCAGCUCUCUUCAAAAUCUAAGCAAGGAAACCAUGAGUUUGUGAAUGAUAUAUGGGCUUCAACAUCCCAAUCUUGUUAAGCUUUAUGGAUGUUUUGUGGAGCGGAGCCAGCUAAUAUAUAUGGAAAUAAAUCGUCUAUCUCGCAUUCUUUUUGGGAAGGAUCCAGACAGAAUGAAACUGA